AUGGCGAUUUCCCCCGUGUAUGAAGCCGUGUACCUCCACAUCGUGGUACAGACGUCUACGAGUGAGCACCAUCUGCAUGCUCCGCCUGUCCCAACUGACCCUCGCGAGAUCGAGCAUCAUAGUCACAGGCAAGCGAGACCUCUAAUUGUUGUAGAGCCCGGGCACCACCUUGCAGCAGACACUCCUCCACUAUCGCAUGUCUCUGUCAAGAUGAUCCGAGCGAAACCACCAUCCAGGCUGCAAUUUUGCCUCUACGCCGUACACAUACCGUCUAUGGGUCCGAUACCGACUCACCGCGAAACGAGAUACGGGAGCCUAUAUAUCGACCAUGUACCUGCGUCUCGCAGAACGUUCGUGGAAUAUCUGGCACAUACUGACCCUGAGAUGAUCAUAAUGGACGCAUCCUCAACGACGCAUCGCCCCUAUCAUGACCGUGGAGCUCAAAGGAAGAGUGCGCGCCGCCGGAUCUUCUGGCGUGCUCCGCAGACAUGGCGGCCAGACGCGGCUCGUGCUCAAUGUUAUGUUAUGCAGGGCGAUGCCCUCUAA